UCCCUUCGCUCCUGCCAUAGCCGCAGCUGAACAGACAUACGUUGACAGGUUACGUGACGUUUCUAGUGGCGUAGCGACGUCUGGAAGCAGCCUUCAGCCUUCUGGUUCACGCUAGUGCUGUUUACAGCGACCUGAUUAAUUCUGUGCUGCCACCAUCGCUUAACGUCUUGUGAAGAAUAGAUGGCAGACCAUGCCCCUUCUGUCGCCAUGGAGGCUGUCCUCAUGCCCAGCUGUGAGCUACCUGAAGACAUGCCGAAGAUCAAAGGCUACGACUUCAACCAGGGGAUUGAUCUUCAGGCGCUGCUGAAGUCCUACCUCACCACAGGCUUCCAGGCCAGCAGCUUUGGCUUGGCCGUCCAGGAGAUCAACCGCAUGAUAGAGAAACGUCUUGAGCCGGUGGAAGCUGAUGAAAAUGAAUCUGACUCCAGCAACUCAGGCUGCACCAUCUUCCUGGGCUACACCUCAAACCUCAUCAGCUCCGGUGUCAGGGAGAGCAUCCGCUACCUGGCAGAGCACAAAAUGGUGGAUGUGAUUGUUACCACAGCGGGAGGCAUCGAGGAAGAUUUUAUCAAAUGUCUCGCUCACACGUACUUGGGAGACUUCAGCUUACCUGGCAAAGAGCUCCGUCUGAAAGGCAUCAACAGAAUAGGAAACCUGUUGGUACCCAACGAUAACUACUGUAAGUUUGAAGACUGGCUGAUGCCCAUCCUGGACCAGAUGUUGUUGGAGCAGAACACAGAGGGCACACGUUGGACUCCUUCUAAGAUGAUUCAUCGACUUGGCAAGGAGAUCAAUAAUACUGACUCUGUCUACUACUGGGCAUACAAGAACAACAUUCCAGUGUUCAGUCCUGCUUUGACGGAUGGCUCCUUGGGCGACAUGAUCUACUUCCACUCAUUUAAGAACCCUGGACUGGUUCUGGACAUCGUGGAGGAUAUUCGCAAGUUAAACAGCCGAGCAGUGUUUGCCAAGAAGACCGGAAUGAUCAUCCUGGGUGGAGGACUGGUCAAGCAUCACAUAGCCAAUGCUAAUCUCAUGAGGAAUGGUGCUGACUAUGCUGUGUAUGUGAACACGGGUCAGGAGUUUGAUGGUUCUGACUCGGGAGCCAGACCCGAUGAGGCCAUAUCCUGGGGCAAGAUCAGAACAGAUGCCAAACCCAUCAAGGUGUAUGCUGAUGCCUCAUUAGUUUUUCCGUUGAUGGUGGCUGAGACCUUCGCUCUCCACGCCGACAAGCUGACCGCCAGCAAGAAAACGGAUUAGAGGCUUUCCCCCUCGAAAGCCCUCGUAGAAACAAGAACCAGCUGUGGUCCGCUGCUUCUGCUGGCUCUGCUUGUCUAGUGGACUGGAUGAGCCCAGCAGCUUUAGGAGGCAGCGUUAUGUUGUACAUAUGACCCAUACAUACCUUAAUGAGGAGGAUACAGUAAAAAGGCAGUUGUGUCCUAAUGCCUUGUGUAUCGAUAUUUACGCAUUUAAGUAAAUUAUUCCUGCUAUGCAGACGUGUUUAAUGACAGGAUGCUAUAACGUGUACCAGAGGGACAGUAUAGAGUCUAACUUGGAUACACGUUUGAGUUUUAAGGCCAAAAGUUUUAAAUUAUUUAAGAAAAGCUUCAUCAGUUAUGUUAAUAUAGUUUCUCAUUUUGUGAAAUACCACUGUAUUAAACUAGUAUUCAUAUAGUUCCUGCUCUGUCCCAGCACCUAUGCACUACUAGAAGUGCCUUUUGUAGCUUGACUUCCUCGGUGAAAUGAUUCUGUUGUAUAAGAGGAUGGAAAAUGUUUCCAGGGCGCAUGAGCUUUGAUUUGUACUGAAACAUAGUAAUAUUUAGAAUAUUAAAUAAUUGCUUAGCUACACAUA